GCGCCAAGCAAAGGUCAAAAUCUUUUAGAAAUGGCGAAUCCACACAGCCGUCACAAGAGGUGUGGUAUGCAAAGACAUCCAGUUGCCAUUCAGUUUUUGUCUUCGAAAGUACCAUUCAUUUAAAUCGUAGCAUCGUUUGUUAAUUAUAUUCAGAGCUCUGGAUAAAAAAGUUAAUAACUUUUUUGAAGAAUUAGGCCAUAAAACAUGUGCAGCAGAUUUGUUAUCAAACUAGAUGGCCUAGAUUGAAACAGUAAACAGAUUGCAAAUCAUAUGCCAGUAACUGAUCGCAUAAGUUGGAAGGAUGCUAAACGUGAAGGUGACAAGUGGAGUUUUCAGAAGGUGUGCUGUUGCAUGCAAGACCUCUUUCUGUGUAUGUCAGAAAGCAAAGCCUACAACAGGUCAAAAUGUUAUCAGUAGAACAAUUGUCUCAAAGAGUGAUAGAAACAGACAGACAAUAAAUAUUUUGUCAAGAGCAUCACUUCAAAGAUCCCAAACGUAUCCAAUCCUAGGUGUUGUUGAAAGCAGGAGGCAAAUCGGAAUGUUUUUUCUUAGAGCAGUUAGGCAUUUCGCAAAGCUGAGGUAUCUCAUUCUUGGUGGAGUUGGAACUAGUGUUAUGGCAGCCAAAAUGGAGUAUAACAAAAGGAAAGAUCAAUGGAACGAAUUUAUUGAUGGGAUGCCAAGCAUUACCUGGUUGAAGGAUUACUUAGAAGUUUUAGAUAAAGUUCCAUCUGUUAGUGAUAAAUUACCAAACAUUAGAGAAAAGAUGAAAGAUUUUUGGACAGGCCUGGAUUCGUAUUUAAAUAAAAACUCUGUUAUAGAUGUUUCAAAAAGCAUUUUUCAGAAGAAGGCCAAUGAAAAUGAAAUUUCACUUCAAGAAGCAGUUGAUUUACAAGAGGUGACCGGUCGUAUUAUUGAUGUGGCCAGUGACGUCAUUGAUGAUUUGAUCCUGGCAGAAGCGAGGCCAUCGGUGGUCUCUGCAGCCAUAUUUGGUGAACCUGAGAAUGACCAAGAGAGAAGGAAAGAUUUAUCGACAGAGGACCAGCAACUACGUGACCAUCUUGCGAGAGCACAAUCAGAAUUAAUUGAAAUGCAGCAAAAAUUUCAAAGGGAGAUCGACCGUCUUGAGCAAGAAAACCGAGAAUUACGGAAACAGCUGAUGUCUAGAGGAGAGAAAGUAUCAUCAAAUAACCGCAAAAUAAAGAGAUCCUUAAUAGAUAUGUACUCGGAUGUACUAGAUUUGCUAUCAGAGUACGAUGCUAGUUACAAUGUUCAAGAUCACUUGCCAAGGGUUGUUGUUGUUGGUGACCAAAGUGCUGGGAAGACAAGCGUCCUAGAAAUGAUUGCAAGGGCGAGAAUAUUUCCAAGGGGUGCCGGUGAAAUGAUGACACGAUGCCCCAUAAUGGUGACCUUAUCAGAAGGGCCUAAUCACGUUGCCUGCUUCAAAGGCGCUACCAAGGAGUUUGAUCUCACCGACGAAAAUGAGCUUCGUCGACUGAGAGCCGAAAUCGAAAUAAAAAUGAAGAGUAAUUUGAAAGAAGGCCAAACAGUCAGCACAGACGUGAUAUCAAUGUAUGUCAAAGGCCCUGGUAUUCCUCGGAUGGUACUCGUCGAUCUUCCUGGAACAAUCAGCACUGAGACCACGGGUAUGGGCACAAACACGAAAAAAUCAAUAAUGGAAGUUACAAGGUACUACAUGUCGAAUCCAAAUGCAAUUAUAUUGUGUGUUCAGGAUGGUUCGGUUGACGCAGAGAGGAGUAUUGUCACUGAAACAGUCAGCUCAUGUGACCCUAGUGGAAAGAGGACUAUUUUUGUGCUUACAAAGACUGAUGUUGCAGAGUCAAAUGAAGCAAACCCGAGCAGGAUAAAGCAGAUCCUAUCUGGGAAGUUGUUUCCGAUGAAGGCCAUGGGCUAUUUUGCAGUUGUUAGCGGAACAGGUAACACAAGUGACAGCAUUAGUGCCAUCAGACAGUAUGAAGAAGACUUCUUUAGGAAUUCAAAACUUUUCAAGAGUGGAACUUUGAAAGCCAGUCAAAUGACGACACAGAAUCUUAGUUUUGCCGUUGCAAACUGCUUUUGGAACAUGGUUCGGGAGUCUAUAGAGCAACAGGCAGACACUUUUAAAGCUAGAAAAUUCAAUUUAGAAACUGAAUGGAGAAACAACUAUUCAUCAGUCCGGGAAUUAGACCGCGAUGAGUUAUAUGACAAGGCCCGAGGACAAAUCUUGGAUGAGGUCCUUAGUUUGGGCCAAAUUAAGCCUCACGAGUGGGAGCAAAGUAUCUAUGCAAACCUUUGGGACGCUCUUUCGCCUUACGCUUUCGAAAAUAUUUUUUUACCCUCUGCUCAAACAAACGAUCCAGUCGCAUUUAGGACCGAGGUUGAUAUUCUUUUGAAGCAAUGGGUUGAGAGAUCACUUCCAGAUUCUGGCGUUCAGGUUGGAUGGCAAACUCUGCUCGAUGAAUUCGCAAGAGCUAUGGAGGAAGGGGUUGCAGUCGGUGGCAGAAAAGAUGGCCACAGCGUAUUGUUCAAGCACCUUAAAGCCGCUGUGAAGCACCAGUGUGAAGUGAACCAUGCUUGGCAAGCCAGUGCUCACGAAAAUUUGCGUGUGAUUCAGAGAAGUGCUCUUGAAGACACGAACGUUCCAGAUAAACAACAAUGGGACAAUGCAAUUAAAUUCAUGGAAAAUACUCUGCUCAAAGAAGAGGAUAAGACCCAGAGUGAUUUGAACUCACUAAUAGGCCCAGGCUGGCAAGAAAGAUGGAUGUACUGGACUUACAGAAACAGCGAGCAACAUGUUAAAAAUGAAAUCAAGAAGGAGCUUGACAGGCUGUUGCAAGCUGAUUCGAAGCAUCGACCUGAGCUGGCUGAGGAUGAGAUCACAACUGUGAGAAAGAAUUUGCAGACGAACAACAUUGAAGCUGCACCAUCUUCGAUAACUGACACCUGGAAGACGCUUUAUCGUCUGCACUUCCUGAAACAGUCACUUGAAGGAGUAAUGGAGUGUCGCAAAGCAUACUACCACAGGGAACUUGCCAAGAGUGACCUUCAAUGUAACGACGUUGUGUUGUUUUGGCGUGUUCAAAAAAUGCUGCAAAGUACUAGUAAUGCAUUGCGGCAACAAGUAAUGAAUAUUGAAGGUAGAAGACUGGAAAAUGAAGUGAAGCAGAUUCUUUUUGAAAUGGGUCAAAACCAGGACGAAAAGAAAAAGCUUCUUAACGGAAGACAAGUUGAUUUAGCGGAAGAGCUUAAGCGUGUUCGGCACAUACAACUGAGUUUAGAACAAUUUAUCGAAGCUUUGAAAAGAGAGAAAAACUGACGAAUAAUUUCCUUAGUGUAUUCAAUGCAUUCAAGUAUUUUAUCUGCACAUCGAAUUCCCACUCUUUGCUGGUGCAGUAGAGAGAAUGGAUCACUGGAAUAUUCACUGUUCACUGAAUAAUACCUUAACUCGUCGCAGAUGCUACGUGUAUUAGAGAAAUAUGAUAUUUGGUGUUGCGUGAGGAGAGAACUGUAAUUUAGUGUACUGCGUUUCGUGUACUUACGAAGAGCUUGUAUCUGAAAUUUACUAUCGUAAUAUACACAUUGUUGGCUCUGGUAAGAUUCAGCUUUUUGAAUGUGAUUUGAGUUGUCUUCAGAAUAGAAUUGCAGCCUUUAAAUGAUAUUGAAAAUUGCCCUUUCCCUUGAAAGCGUUUUGCCAAAUUCUCGAGUUCGCAAAGUAUGGUGUCACUUUGUUCGCAAAGUAGUGGUACUUGAUUAAAUCCUUCAACAAAAAGUAACAAUUUUAUUUAUAAAAAACUUAGGGUUCUAAUGUAUUGCUGUCCCAUCUGAAAUAUGUAGUCGACACAUUGCAUUUUCAUCUUCUGUGGUUAUUGGUGUCUUGUUAGAAGAAAACCUGUCUCUAGGUUCUUCGGAAGAAUUUUUGCAGUAUAUUGUAAGGCGAUUUUCCCGGCCUUUUAUAAUGACGAGCCCGUCUUGAUUAAAAUAUAUACAAAUACUACUUCCAUAUUUUAUACACCCAUGCAACGAAUAAAAAGUACUGAACUUUGAUUAGCAGUUCGAAUCACUUAAUAUCCUUUCACCUUCAAUUCAACAAGUAUGCUACCUGUUCAUUCACUUUAAUUGCUUUUUAUUAAGAAUUAUUUUUGACAGAAAGUACUUUAGUUUAAUGUUUUAUGGAUGUUGUCAUCAGAUUGAAUGAAAUUUAA